AUGGCUGCUGCGGCUCUGGACAAUGCCAACCCCAUCAUUCUGAGCGCCUCGCAGCUCCCAACCCGGCACAGGCGGUCCGCUCCGCGCAAGGGCCCCGACUGCAGAUACUCAGACCUGAUCCUCUCCAAGCCGUCGUACAUGUCUCGGCCCUUUUUGCAAGACGACGAUGCCCAGUAUCAGCAUGAUACAGCGGCGGCCGUGGCUUGGUCCCGCUUCGGUUCCGGCGCAGGAGGUGCAGAUGACAAUCUCUCGGCUGAGGCCAUCGAUGAGCAGGAGAUCUACGAUCUUAUUUCCAAUAUCACGGACCCUGAGCACCCUGUCUCCUUGGGCCAGCUGUCUGUCAUCAAUCUUCCCGAUAUUCACAUUACUCCCUCUCCGGCUCUCGGCGUGCCAAGCCCAAAUACCAUCGUGCAGGUCACCGUUGAGCUAACCCCUACCGUCACCCACUGCUCCCUCGCUACCGUGCUUGGACUUGGCGUUAGAGUCCGGCUGGAGCAGGUACUCCCCCCGAAUUACCGCGUUGAAGUUAUUUGCAAGGAGAACAGCCACAGCCAGGAUGAUCAGGUGAACAAGCAGCUUAGCGACAAGGAGCGUGUUGCGGCGGCUCUGGAGAAUGACUCGCUAAAGAGCGUCUUGGACAAGAUGCUAGAGUCUUGCAUAGAUAAUUAA